AUGUAUACUACUAUAGAACAUCAACAACAACAACAACAACAAUACGAACCAAUGCCAGAAUCACAACAUUCAAGUUAUUUCAAGACAGCAUUCAAUACUACUAGACCACUUGAUGAUUAUGAAGAUCAAAAUACUACCAAUAAUAAUAAACUCACGAAUUCAAUUCAAAAAUUAUCAAUAAAUACAAAUACAGGACAUCCACCUCCACCUCCACCUCCACCUCCACCAGAUUCUAAGAAAUUCAAUUUUGUUUGUGUAUUUUUUAAUCGUAUACUUAAUUUAAAAGAUCCAACAAUAAUUUUGGAAAAGAAUAAAGAUAUUGGUAAAUUCAAUGAGUUAGUUAAAAUAGAUCGACAACAAUCAAAGCAACAACCAAUAGAGAUAAUGAAGAAUCUUGUUUUCCCCGCAGAUAUUUGGAUUAGAGAUGAAAUUAAAGUGAAAGAUGCUAAGAUUAAGACUACAAUGUUGAAUGAAGUCAAUGAAUUAAUAGAAACUGAAUUAAAAGAUGUUAAUGAUCAAACUACUUUUGAAGAAAUAACGUUAAAUUAUUAUGCUAAAUUAUUAGUGGCGUAUAAAGUAUAUGAUAUACCCACAAGAACUAUUUAUAAUUCUUAUCCUAAUUAUAUUCAAAAUUCAAUAUUAUUAUCAUUAGAAGAAGAAGAGGAACAACAACAACAACAAAACCAAAACCAAAACCAAAAUCAAAACCAAAACCACAAUGAAGAUAAUAAUAAACAUCUGGAAUUUGAUUUUGGGUUUUUGGAAAAACCAGUUUAUCGUACUUCAUCAAAUCAAUCAAAUAGUUCUCAAAAAUCUAAAGACAAACGAUCAAGUAAUGGAAGUACUUUAUCAAGGAAACGAUUUCUGUCAUUUUUAGGUAGUAAUGGACAUGGCCAUGGGCAUGGCAAUUCUUCAUCUAAAGAUUCUUCACCAGAUCAUAAUCAUACUCAACCCCAUUCUCAACAAUAUCACCACUCACAAAUGGCAUCACCUACAACACCAACUUCUCAAAUUAAUUUACCUCCGCCUAAUCUGCAUCUGCACCUGCACCUGCACCUGCACCUGCUUCAACAAUCACAACACCAUCAACAUUCAUCAUUAUCAUCAUCUCCAACUUUCCAACAAGAAGGUACAUUUAAUAAUCUAUUAACCAAAACUAAAUUAUAUGGACGAAUUAAAAAACAUCGAGAAUCUCAAGCAUCAAUAAAUUCAACUGGAUCUCAACAUAGUAUCAAUAGUAAUCGAAAUAGUGUGAGCACUAAUGCUACAGCAACUUCACUGGGAUCACGAAGAAGAAGUAAUUAUACCAUAAAUAGUUUUGGUGGAGGCAACUCAGCCGCUCCAAAUACUCCAACAUUAUCAUUAUUAUCAUCAUCAAUUUCAACUAUUCAAGAUGAACAUUUCCAUCAAGAAAACCACACUAGUUAUUCAAUUCAAGAAUUAAAGUUAGAAAAUCUGAAAGAAAAAUAUGAAUAUUAUAUUCAAAUUUUAAGAUUAUUUAAAAAUAGUGAAAAAAUUUUGAAAAUUUUAAUUAAUAGUCAUAAUAUUAACAAUAAGUUAUUAAAAUUUAUUGAAUUUAUUAAAAAAAAAUUAUUGAAAUUUAUAAUGAUUGAUAUAAUGUCAAUGAUUUUAACUUAUUGUGAUUUACAAUGUAUUAAUUUUUAUAAUAUAAAGUAA